UUUGGAGUGGUCACUUGCCUCUACUCCAGCCCCAAAAAUGGAAACUGAGAUGAUGGGUGGAGGAGAGAGCCAGGGCUCAUGCUGGGAAACUUGAGGUUCCUUUCCAGCCCUCAGAUUCUGUGAUGCUCAGAGGGUGAGUUCUGGGGGCACAGGACACAUGGCAGGUGGAUCUUGGUGUUUCUGCUAUCCAGCUGGGAGCCAAGCACAGAACAUGCAUCAAUCUUUAUCAAAUGACUGAGAAAAUGAAUGAAUGAAUGUCUCCAUCUCAGUUCUCAGCCUGGUUCCUCCUUCCUUUUUCCCUGUAGUUGGUACAGAUGGCAUUGUCCCAGUUUGUUCCCCUCUCGGCCACAGAGCUUCUCCUGGCCUCUACCGUCUUCUGCCUGGUAUUCUGGGUGUUCAAGAGUUUGAGGUCUCGGGUCCCCAAAGGCCUGAAAAGUCCACCAGAGCCAUGGGGCUGGCCCCUGCUCGGGCACGUGCUGACCCUGGGGAAGAGCCCGCACCUGGCACUGACGAGGAUGAGCCAGCGGUUCGGGGACGUGCUGCAGAUCCGCAUUGGCUCCACGCCCGUGGUGGUGCUAAGUGGUCUGGACACCAUCCGGCAGGCCCUGGUGCGGCAAGGCGACGAUUUCAAGGGCCGGCCCGACCUCUACAGCUUCACCCUCAUCGCUGAUGGCCAGAGCAUGUCCUUCAGCCCAGACUCGGGACCGGUGUGGGCUGCCCGCCGGCGCCUGGCCCAGAACGCCCUCAACACCUUCUCCAUCGCCUCUGACCCGGCCUCCUCAUCCUCCUGCUACCUGGAGGAGCAUGUGAGCCAGGAGGCUGAGGCCCUGAUCAGCAGGUUGCAGGAGCUGAUGGCAGGGCCUGGGCGCUUCGACCCUUACAAUGAGAUAGUGGUGUCUGUGGUCAAAGUCAUCGGUGCCAUGUGCUUCGGGCAGCACUUCCCCGAGAGCAGCGAUGAGAUGCUCAGCCUCGUGAAGAACAGUCAUGUGUUCGCGGAGAAUGCCACCUCUGGGAACCCUGUGGACUUCUUCCCCAUCCUUCGCUACCUGCCCAACCCUGCCCUGCAG